GGUCGUGCAUUACAGUUUCCCGGACUAGGUAUUUAUUUUCCGAAAUUUCGUGCAAUAACUUAAAUAUUACAACAUGAUAGCCAGGCCGUGGACAGAUGACCUGCCUAAGUGCAAGAAUACCAGCGUAGCAUCAUACUUCUCCCGUGUAGGAAGUGGAAAUCCUAACUCCAACGAUGAUUACCUGUGUUUCUACUGCGAGACCGAAGAUAACUCUUGCCUAUAUGGAGUAUUUGAACCGCAUAAUGGACUGGAAGCAGCUCGAAUCAUCAUGCAACGGAUGGCUGCAGAGCUCCUGUUCCCGCCACCAUCGGCCAGUAAUACCGAUGAGGAAAUUAGAGACAGAUUGAGAAACGCAUUCACCUCAGUGGAGAAAGCAUACAUAGAGAAUUAUGAUGGAAUGAUUGCUGAAAGGACAAGUCUACAGUAUCAACUACAAACUAUGAAUCAGCUAUCCCAAAACAGUGACAACAUACUCGCCCGUCUUAAAGAAAUCGACCAGCGCCUAUCCAGCGGAGCAACUGUGGUCAUAGCCCUAGUGUUAAACAACAAACUCUUCGUGGCCAACGUUGGGGAGAUGCGGGCGUUGCUAUGCAGGACUGACGACAAUUCCGUUCUGAGGGUGGUACAGUUAACAGUGGACCAUAGCUUGAACAACGAAGAUGAGUUAUUGAGGCUGUCGCAGCUUGGACUGGAUGUCAAUAAACUGAGGAACGCACAAUACCUCGGCAACCAAACAGGCACGAGGUGCCUUGGCAACUACUUGGUGAAGGGAUUAUGGAAGGCCUUCCCGACGCUAAGCGCCGCGUCUGCCGAGCCUGUAGUGGCUGUUAGCGAGAUACACGGGCCUAUUGCGUUGGACCAUUAUAGCAGAUUCCUAGUCCUAGUAAGCGCUGGUGUUUAUAAACGCAUUCAAGAGUCGCGUGGGAGUAGCGAACAAACCAACAAACAGCUUGCACAGAUCAUCGUAGAACACUUUAGAAACACUGAAGACUUUGCUACAGUCAGCCAAUCAGUCUUGGAAGAAAUAGAAGAAGAAUUUGUAUCUUAUUGCUAUAAGAAUAAUUUAACACCAAAACCUAACACGCAUAUGAGUUUACUUAUAAGAAAUUUCAACUUUCCGCUACCUAAUGUUAGGCCAGAAGAAACUACGAGCCAAAGUAAUAUAGUACCUAGGACGGCAUCGGUAAGGUUCAACCCCAUAGUACAGUCAAAGUCAAACACGUUAUUAAACGAGAUCGACUCAGAACUAUCAUCGACUAAUGAGGAGACGAACGAUUCGAAUAUCGAUACGAAUCGAUCGAUUGAAUCGAGUUCGGAAAUCUAUUUGGCGGGAAAGCCAUACGAUAAAGACAGGAGAAUUAAAGGUUAUGUCGACUUUUCUUGUUAUUAUGAGAACGUCGCUAAAGCGCGAAAGAGUGGCACUUUGCCUGGUUUUAUUAAGUAAUAUGAAAAAGAAAUAAAUAAAUUGUUCACUAAAUGUCAACUUCGCAGAAUGGUGAAAUUUUACUAAGCUUGACUGUACCAAAGUUGCCUUUAUGAAAUUUUGCCCUUUUGCGAAUAAAAUAAAAAAUACAUAAACAGUAGCUACAAAGCAUACUGAAUUCAAACUAAGAAUGCAUUGGAUCAUUUGGUGAUAGAAUCAACUAAACCAUACUCAAUAUAAAAAUAAUUCUAAAAAAAGUGUAAUUAGAUUCAUGGUAUAAGACCAGGUAUGCUCAAAACUGACAGCUAGCAUUUCAAGGUUAGCCCAACUGACGGCAUCCGAACCCUGCGUUGCCAUUUCGUAAAAAUUAAAUUACUAAUGUCCAAUGUUUUUAAUUGACUUUGCAAGGAAAUUUUCUACUUUUAGUAAAAUAUUUACGUACAGUUAUAAUGAUUUUUAUAAAUGUGACAAAUAAUAGUAAUUAAAUACAUUCGUCAGUAAUUCACUUAAUUUUCAAUAAUAAAAAUUACGUCCUUGAAAUGUUGGAUACCAAUUGAAUGGUAACACUUACGUGUUAUUGUAAUUUAUUUUUUUCAAUUUGAAUUUGGAAUUAAGCACAUAAUAACGGGUUCUUACCGCGUUUAAAUGGGGCUAUGAGACUGCCGAUAUUUCGACACUGUUGCAAGUGUCAUGAUCACGGGAUGACUGAUGAGAUUGGAGUGAAGUAGGUAGAUCGAUAAUUUUCUACGGGCAGACAUAUCUGUCUACCCUCUUUCUUUGCCGCUUGUUUAUGUUUUGAUAUCGGAAUGUUCGGAACCAUCUGAACUCGCACUAAACUCACUACGACAAACCGCACUCAUUGUGUCCUCACGUAUUUUCACCACAUUAGGCCGUUUCAAGCUUUUUACCACACCUACUACAAAUCAGAAAACAAAAAUGUUGAAAUUUUUGUUUUCUGAUUUCAAUAGCCUCUUUUACGAGUCUGGUCAUAGCUUCUUUGAAUUUGGAACACUGGAGCUGAUUUCUGCAGACACCAACACAUUUUAAUUUUGUAUAUUUUUUUUUAAUCUUUAUUUAAUGAGCUUUGUCUGUAUCUCUGUCUUGUGCUCAUUGUAAGUGAAGGACGGCGCUAUUACUAGAGCAGUCAAGACUAAAAUAAAAUAUAAGUUUUAGAAAUGGCACCAAGAAUUAAAAUGUUUCGGGUUUAAGAAGAACUUUAUAUCCUCAUAAAGAAUUAAAUUAGCUUACAUGAGAAAAAAAAUCACAAAAUAAUAUAGAAAUAUAAAAAAAUAGGGUAGUAGUGGGUUGCGAUAAAGCGAGCGCACUGCACACAAUGUAACACAAAUGGUGGGUAGGUAUGAAUUAAUAGAUACUAAAAGUUGGUAAGCAACUAUUAUUUGUUGUUAGUUUCUCGGAGCUAUUGUUUUACUAAAAGUGGCAAGGAGGCAGAUGACCUAUAACAUGACAAAAUUUAAAUUUUGAUGUGAUACAAAAUAAUAACUUUGUGUGUGUAUAAUACUUAUAAAUGUUUAUAAUACUUACUGUAUUUUUUUUUGUCCGAAACAUUAAGAUGAUUCUGUGCUUCGGAAGGCACGCUAAGCCGUUGGUCCCGGGCUACUAGCCAAUCACAUCCGCCAAGCCGUAGUGGAGCAGCGUGGUGGAGUAUGCUCCAUACCAUCUCCGGUUGAUUGAGGGGGGGCCUGUGCCCAGCAGUGGGACGUGUAUAGGCUGUUUAUGUUAAUAAUAAUAUGUAUAACUGAAUACUUGAAUUAAUAUUAUUCUGUUAAUCCUUCCAAAUCAAACUUGCGAGGUAUAUCGAUUUUUAUGAUGAGAAGUGCAUCUGUAGAGUAUUCAG